AUGGAUCUCAAUUACUUGUAUCCCCGCGUCGGCGUCGCGGCCAUCAUCCAGCGCCGGGACGGCAAGGUCGUCAUCGGGAAGCGCGAGAGCAGCCACGGUGCAGGCACACUACAGCUACCCGGCGGCCACCUGGAAAAGGGCGAGUCCUUCUUCGCGUGCGCGGAGCGGGAGACGAUGGAGGAGACCGGUCUCGCGGUCCGCGGCGCCGAGGUCGUGACGGUGACGAAUGAUGUGUAUGAGGAUCUGGAGCGGCAUUAUAUUACGAUUUUUGUGCGGUGCGAGAUGGAGGAUGAGAACGCCGAGCCUGUUGUCCGGGAACCUCAAAAGUGUUCUGGGUGGGGGUGGAUGUCGUGGCGGGAGGUGAGAGAUGUCAACCAAGCGGCGAAGGGGGGCGUCGGCCCUGGCAUGAAGCUGUUUUUGCCGUUGCAGAAUCUCGUGGAGGGGAAUCCUGACCUUGGGCAGACUGCAGACGCGGAGGGCAAUUGA